AUGGGACUCAUAGGGUCUCUUGUCUCAUUUUGCCCUCCCCAGGUCUCCUGGGGCUCAUAUUCUGGAGACGACGAGGAGGCCUACUCGGCUGAGCCUUUGCCAGAGCUUUGCUACAAGGCGGAUGUCCAGGCCUUCAGUCGCGCCUUCCAAUCCAGUAUCUCCCUGACGGUGGCUGCCCUGGGUCUGGCAGGCAACGGCCUGGUCCUGGCCACCCACCUGGCAGCCCGAAACGCCGCCCGCUCACCCACCUGCGCCCACCUGCUGCAGCUGGCCCUGGCCGACCUUCUGCUGGCCCUGACCCUGCCCUUUGCCGCAGCGGGGGCUCUGCAGGGCUGGAGUCUGGGAAGCGCCACCUGCCGUGCCGUCUCGGGCCUCUACUCGGCCUCUUUCCAUGCAGGCUUCCUCUUCCUGGCCUGCAUUAGCGCCGACCGCUACUUGGCCAUUACGCGGGCCCUCCCGGCUGGACCGAGGCCCUCGGGGCCAGGCAGAGCACAUUUGGUCUCAGUCAUCGUGUGGCUGCUGUCGCUGCUCCUGGCACUGCCUGCUCUUCUUUUCAGCCAAGACGGGCAGCGGGAAGGGCAGCGGCGCUGCCGUCUCAUCUUCCCCGAGGGCCUCGCGCAGACCGUGAAGGGGGCGAGCGCGGUGGCGCAGGUGGCCCUGGGCUUCGCGCUGCCGCUGGGCGUCAUGGCAGCCUGCUACGCGCUGCUGGGCCGCACGCUGCUGGCCGCCAGGGGGCCGGAGCGCGCGGGGCGCUAA